ACAGUGACAACUGCCGUCUGAUUUUUGAUCCUUAAAUGCGUCGAACCCACGCGACAAGUUUGGCACAUCAUUCGAUUCUCUGCUAAAAACCCAUCAAAAAAAAAAUCGAAAAUGCCGAUGAAGGUGGUGGAUGCAACAGUUUCAACAUUUGGAGAGGUUUUUGAGAAAUUUAAGAGUGAGGCUGAUAAUCACAAAGCAAAUUUAAUACUUUUCUUGGCCGACAAUGAACCAUCCACCAAUCUUAGUUGGUGCCCUGAUUGUGUGAGAGCUGAGCCAGUGAUAUACAAGAAGCUAGACUCUUCGCCCGAUGAUGUGGCUCUUUUGAGGGCGUACGUUGGAGAUAGGCCCACGUGGCGAAAUCCCGUCCAUCCAUGGAGAACGGACUCGAGUUUUAAGCUCAGAGGGGUUCCGACUCUGAUCCGUUGGGAAGAUGGUGCUGUAAAAGCCCGUCUCGAAGACCAUGAAGCCCAUGUUGAGCCCAAAAUCGAAGCCCUUCUAUCCGGAAAUUAGAUGACGAUUUCUUUUUUCUUUUCGUUUUGUUUUCGAUACACUUUUUUGAUGGAAUAUUAAGCUGCUCUCUCUAUCUUUAAUAAUGUGCACAUUGUCUGAAGGGUGUUUGCAGUGAAAUGUCUGGAUGUGUUUUAAUCAUAUUUGUGUUCGUUUACUC